AUGGCUAAAAUUUGUUGGCCAUACUUUGAUCCUGAGUAUGAGAACUUGAGCACUAGGAUUAAUCCUCCAAGGGUAUCUGUAGACAACACUAGUUGCAGUGACAAUACUGUUAUUAAGGUUGACAGCAUGAACAAACCAGGAAUUCUCCUAGAAGUUGUGCAAAUCCUAACCGACCUUGACCUCAUUAUCUCCAAAGCUUAUAUCUCCUCAGAUGGUGGAUGGUUCAUGGACGUAUUUCAUGUCACCGACCAACAAGGAAAGAAGAUUACGGAUUUUAAAACCAUUGCCUACGUAGAGAAGGCUCUAGGACCUAAAGGUCAAGAAGCAGUGACUACUUGGCCAGGCAAACGGGUUGGAGUGCACUCUGUUGGUGAUCAUACUGCCAUUGAACUCAUUGGCAAGGAUCGCCCAGGUCUCUUAUCUGAAAUCUCAGCUGUACUUGCCAACCUUCACUUCAAUGUGGUUGCUGCUGAAGUUUGGACCCAUAAUAGGCGGAUAGCAUGUGUUGUCUAUGUCAAUGAUGACACCACAUCUCGUGCUGUAGAUGACCCAACUCGACUGUCAAUAAUGGAGGACCAGCUUAAGAACAUCCUACGCGGGUGCGAGGAUGAUGAGAAGAUGGGUCGUACUAGUUUCUCCAUGGGAUUCACUCAUGUUGACCGUAGGCUGCACCAAAUGUUGUUUGCCGAUAGGGAUUAUGAAGGUGGAAUAGUGGCAACUGAGAUUGAUUAUCCUCCCUCUUUCAAGCCUAAGAUCACAGUUGAGCGUUGUGAAGAAAAAGGAUACUCCGUGGUCAAUGUUAUAUGCAAAGACCGCGCCAAGUUAAUGUUUGAUAUAGUGUGCACUCUCACAGAUAUGCAAUAUGUUGUUUUUCAUGCUAGUAUCUCAUCUGAUGGCCCCCAUGCAUCACAGGAGUACUAUAUUCGUCACAUGGAUGGUUGCGUACUUGAUACUGAAGGAGAGAAAGAAAGAGUUAUCAAAUGCCUUGAAGCUGCAAUUAGAAGAAGAGUGAGUGAGGGUCUGAGCCUUGAGCUCUGUGCAAAGGAUAGAGUAGGCUUGCUAUCUGAAGUCACAAGGAUUCUGCGAGAGAAUGGAUUAUCAGUUUCAAGAGCGGGUGUCAUGACAAUAGGAGAGCAAGCAAUGAAUGUUUUCUAUGUGAGAGAUGCUUCUGGGAACCCAGUGGAUAUGAAGAUUAUCGAAGCACUGCGUAAAGAAAUCGGGCACACAAUGAUGCUUAAUGUGAAGAAACCACCUAUUAGUUCCAGAGAACCUGAAGCUAGAGGAUGGGCCAAAACAAGUUUCUUCUUUGGGAACUUGCUGGAAAGGUUCUUGGCGUGA